AUGCCAUUGAUGAUGGUGAAACAGAAACGCGUGAAGAAAUUUUUUUGGCGCCGUCGAUCACCACCACCUCCGCCACCACCGCCACCACCGCCACCACCCAAUUGUGGACUGCCUGGUAAUGUUCGUGGUGCCACUGUGAGCGUCACGUCAACCCAGCAAGGCGGAACAGCAACUUACGCGUGUACUUCCGGGUACCAAUACGCAGGAGUUGCCUUAGUUUGCGCUCGCAAUCCAUGUGUGAACCACGUGCGCUGUGAAGACGGACAUACAAUUUACACGUGCAUAUGUCAACCUGGUUGGUUUGGUCAGACGUGCGACAUCCCUGUCAGUUGUGGCGAUCCAGGUCCCAUUGAAAAUGCUACUGUGACAGCCCCAGGUUUAACCCUCGGGAACGUCGCUAUAUAUGCAUGCGAUCGUGGAUACAAUGCGACUAAAGGCAGUGAAGAGCGAUUAUGUCAAAGUGACGGCACAUGGAGUGGCGAACCCCUUGUCUGCAAAUUCGCAGAAAGCUGUAACAGUUCCCCAUGCAUGAACAAAGCUACGUGUACAAAUCUCAUAGAUGACUUUAAAUGCGCCUGUGGGUAUGGCUGGGCUGGGAAAACAUGCAAUCUAGACGUUCAACCACCGCAUGUAGCAAAUUGCUCAAAAAGCGUUCGAGUGAAUGCAACAGAAAGAACGCACAAAGUUGCCUGGUUACAACCGGUUUUUAGUGACCCAAUGAACACAGAAUUACAACUCGUCUCCAACUAUGAGAUCCCAAGCUACACGUUUCCCUGGGGCGACUUCACCGUCCAGUACUCGGCCACAAAACUUAGGAACGGGUUAAGGACAGAAUGUGUCUUCAACAUCACCGUGACACCAACACCAUGCGAGUCGCUUCCUGUACCAAAACACGGAACCAUUCUCUGCAAUAACUGGAGUCCAGAUUACGGUCAGUUUUGCUUGCUUGCCUGCGAGAAGACUUACUCCCCGAGUCUUCCCGGGAGAUUGGGAACUUGGAUGAUCUGCGGAGAUGACGGACGAUGGUCUUCUCAACCUAACGAUUGCGAUUUACACUUGAACAAUGAAAGUUAUAUACUGUCCUAUCACCCGAACUAUGUUGAUUUUAUGUACGAGGGAUGCAACGAUACUCAACGACUGAGGGAUCUAUAUUUGAAUCAUAUGUUGAAACAUCCGGACAUUUCUCUGUUCAGUCGAUUAUAUCCCGGUUACGAGGAAAGUUCGUCGGUACGGAUGUACUGUAACCCAUGAACGUACAUAAUGACAAGUAUGAGAAUGUGCUUAAAACUUUGAAUAUUGACACGUUAUGAAACAUGCAUUUAUAAAUACUAUUAAAGUAUGUUUUAUCGAAAAAGAAGACAAAAUUAAU